AUGCCAGCUCUUCGAAGUGCUAUUUGUGAAACCCUUUUAGGAGAACCUGAUCAAGAUGCCAAUUCUGCUUUGAUUGAAUUAGAUAAAGGUCUCCGUUCUAGUCGUGUCGGUGAACAAUGUGAAGCUAUUGUACGUUUCCCUCGUCUUAUUGAAAAAUAUCCAUUUCCAAUUCUUAUUAAUUCGUCUUUCUUGAAGCUGGCUGAUGUUUUUCGCUUGGGAAAUAAUUUUCUUCGUCUUUGGGUGUUGCAAGUUUGUCAACAGACAGAAAAACACAUUGACAAAAUAUUAAACAUUGACGAGUUUGUUAGAAGAAUUUAUAGUGUAAUUCAUUCUAAUGACCCAGUUGCUAGAGGCUUGACGUUGCGUACAUUGGGAAGCGUUGCACGUAUUAUACCAGAAAGAGGUCAAGUGCACCAUAGCAUACGUACAAGUUUAGAUUCUCACAACGCAGUAGAAGUAGAAUCUGCAAUUUAUGCUGCUGCACAAUUUGCUGCUCAAUCAAAAUCAUUUGCUUUAAGUAUGUGCAGUAAAAUUUCAAAUAUGAUACAGGGUAUUUCGACUGAUGUAGUAAUGAAACUUGAACUAAUCCCUAUUUUAAAACAUAUGCAUCACGAUACAACUACUGCAACAAUGGUAAGAACCCUUUGUACUGAUUUGUUGGAUAAAUAUCCAGCUCAAGAUUUUGUACUUGUCACAUUAAAGACACUUAAUCAAUUAGCUUUAUCAAUUUUAGUAGAUGUGCCUAAACAAAUAGAAUUACUUUUGAAAUAUUUAAGUGAAGACAAACGACCUUUAGUUUGCAAUUAUGCCAUUUCUGGUCUUUAUCAAAUUGCUAAAGAAGGUGCACAUUUUUGGUCUGUUUCAACUAUUAAUAAUUUAGUCAGUUUUUGUAAAAGUUUAAAUGUUGACAACAAUUUGAAAGCAAAUGCUAUAAAUGUAUUUGUACCAUUAACAAAAUCUCCAGCUGUAUGUCAAUUGCAUUAUAGUACGGACUGUCCACUUAUGUCCAUGUGUAUUGCUGAAUCAGGAUCAUUACAUCAAUCAGUUGCUGGAAAUGCAGUUAAAGUAUUAGCAAAUAUAGCAUGUUAUUGUUAUGAAGAAGAUAUUUUGUCAGAAAAUGAUGCCAAUACAUUGAAGGUUUGUAUACAGAGUUAUCUAUUGUCUGUACUAUCUACCGGAAAACACAAUGAUGAUAAUUAUUUUAAUGAUUUAAGUGUCGAAGAAAAAUCUUUAAUCUAUAGUAUUUUAAAAACAAAUAAUACCUAUAAACCAAUGGAUGUCGAUAGUACAGACGAAAACUGUGAUAAAUCAUCAAGUUAUCUUCGUGAUGGUUUACGAUCGUCUAUUAUGUUAUGUAAGGCAAAUAAAAAUUUAAUCCCAGAAUUUCUUUCACUUAUAGUUAAACCAUUAGAACAAAAUGGAUCUGAGUUAACUCCACUGAUAUGUGAAGCUAUUGCUGCUUUUGGUGGUAUUUUACCCGGUACUUUACAGCCCAAUCUACCAGUUUUUAUAAAACAACUGAGAAACUUAAGUAAAAAUCAAGAUAAUAUAUCUACUACAAUUUUGUUAUGUACUGUGAUUUUCCAAGCUGUAGCAGGUUUCAAUGAAAAUGAUGAUGUAAAACGAGUAAUUAAUGAUGUAAUACUAAAUACUGAUUUAUGGUCCAAUUAUAAAAUUGGUCGAGCGGCUGUUAGGUAUGGCCACUUUACUAUAAGUUCAAAAAUUUUUGGCAGUCUAAAUAAUCGUGUUGGGUCAGAACAAAUGCAUUUUUGGUUAGCUGCAUUGGAGACUAUAAGUACAGCAGAGUCUCAACUCAUGUCUUCAAAUCCUUCAAAAUUAUUGAGCAAUUUAGGCCAAUCUAUAUCUACUUACUACAAAGCAAUUGCUGCUCUGAAAGCUGCAUCGUUAAUGCUUAUUUUUCAAACAGAAUAUACACGUUUACGUUGUGAAUUGUUACAAUGUUUUAUGCGUUUAUUAUCUACGUGCAAUAGUUUUUGCACUACUCCACCACCAGCUAUUGCUUCAGCUAUAGUACAGGCUACUAGAGAUGAAAUGCAAAGUUAUGGUCAUAUUACAAAUCAAUUAAGAAAAAGAGCAAAGGAAUUUAAGGGAUGUGCAGAUCUAUAUUGGAGACUAUAUCAAUCAGCAUUUGAUGCUGAUCCUAAUACAUUAUACCACUUGCAACUAUUACAACAUUUAUGCUUAUUAAUGGCUCACAAUAUUGAAUCUGUAGCUGUUCCAAACAAAUGUGACUGUCCAGUUUUGGAUUCUGAAUUGGAAAAAGAAGGUUCUUUGGAAAUACAAUUGAUUGUGAAAUGUAGACAACAGCUCUUAGAAAUAAUGAGUACAGUAAAAGAAAAAGCAAUCACUCAUAAACAUAUACGGUCUCUUAAAAAACAAGCUUCCCUCUUAGUAACUACACCGAUGUGUUUCCCUCGUUAUUUUUUCCAAACUUUACAAUCAACUACUAUAACUUUAGCUGUAUCGCCUCAACCUAGAGUUAAUGGGGAGCCGAUUACUGUAAAUAUGGGGAGUAAUUUUGUAGUUAAAGUUGAAGGAGUUGUACAACACGGAACAAAGGCUAAAUUUCGUAAAGUUGACGGGAUUCAAUUAACAGUUAUGUCACAAUUAGUAACAAGAAACCAUGAUACAAGACCAACUGAAGGAAAUGUGGUGUUAACACAAACAGUAAAACCACAUAAGGAUUUCUUUGCUUCAGAAUUUUGCUUAAGUUUCAACCAAGGAAGUCAACAUCAAGUACAUAUUGAGGCAGCAUUAAUUGAUGACAAUGCAUCUGUAUGGCAAAUUGGAGUGCGUAGUACAUUAGUUAUUAAGUGUCAUUAA